ACCCCCCACCCACAUCAUGGAGAAUGGUAAUCAACCACUUCUCUCGUCCUCCAGAGAAGUGGACCAAGAGCAAGAACACCAGCUACAGUCCCUUCCAGUAGCAAUACACGCUUCCUCUGGUGCUACCUUUAACGCCGAAGAUGCUGACAUCCCUCCCAUCAAGAGUCCUGUCGAUUUCUUCAGAGCGUUCCUUCCUGAAUCAAAGAAGCUCUGGUACCUCGCCGGCCCGGCCAUCUUCACCUCCAUAUGCCAAUACUCUCUCGGUGCUAUCCCUCAAGUCUUUCUGGGCCAGGUCGGCACACUCGAACUCGCCGCUUUCUCCAUCGAAAACUCUGUCAUCGCCGGCUUUUCACUGGGCAUCAUGCUCGGAAUGGGAAGCGCACUCGAAACACUAUGUGGGCAAGCGUUUGGAGCAGGACAGAUUGAUAUGCUAGGAAUUUACAUGCAAAGGUCAUGGGUGAUCCUGACCACCACUGGUUUGGUUCUGAGUCUUUUGUACUUCUUUGCGACGCCACUGUUGAAACUGCUUGGACAGACUGAUGCAAUAUCGGACGCAGCGGGACUGUUCGCACUUUAUAUGCUUCCGCAGCUAUUUGCUUACGCUCUAAAUUUUCCGGCGGUCAAGUUUCUGCAAUCACAGAGCAAGAUCUUUGUGAUAGCUUUGAUUGCGGCUGUGUCAUUGCUUCUGAACGCACUGUUUAGCUGGCUUUUCAUCUUGAAGUUAGGUUGGGGUCUGGUGGGUGCGGCGGUCGUGUUGAAUUCGUCCUGGUGGUUCGUUGUGUUAGCGCAGCUGUUGUAUAUUUUCAGUGGGACUUGUGGUCGAGCUUGGUCUGGGUUCUCAUUGAAGGCGUUUCAUAACCUUUGGGGAUUCGUUAAGUUAUCGAUGGCCUCCGCAGUAAUGCUCUGCUUGGAAGUGUGGUACUUCAUGGCGCUAAUUCUCUUUGCUGGAUAUCUAAAAAAUGCGGAAGUUUCAGUAGAUGCCUUGUCCAUAUGCAUGAACAUAUUGGGCUGGACAAUUAUGGAAGCUCUUGGAAUGAAUGCAGCUAUAAGUGUGAGAGUGUCAAAUGAAUUGGGAGCAUCUCAUCCAAGAACAGCUAAAUUUUCAUUGGUGGUGGCCGUGGUAACCUCAUUCUUGAUCGGUAUUAUCAUCGCAGUCAUUCUAAUCUUGGCACGAAACGUCUACCCGUCAUUGUUUUCGAGUGAUGCAAGUGUUGAAACUGUCGUUAGAGAGCUUACACCAGUAUUGGCUUUUUGCAUCAUUAUUAACAAUGUUCAACCUGUUCUCUCUGGGGUGGCCAUUGGAGCAGGAUGGCAAGGUAUUAUUGCUUAUGUGAACAUUGCAUGUUACUACGUUCUUGGGAUCCCUUUGGGUCUCAUUCUGGGUUACAAGCUUGAUUGGGGUGUCACGGGGAUUUGGUACGGCAUGAUGUUUGGAACGAUCGUACAGACUGUUGUCCUUUUCAUUAUAAUUUAUAGGACCAACUGGAACAAAGAGGCAUCAAUUGCUGAAGACAGAAUAAGGAAAUGGGGAGGGCCGAAACAGAGUGAUGUAGAGAAACCAAACGGGAGCUGAGAGUUCAAGGAAACAUGCCUGAGUUUUUUUUGCAGAAUAAUAAGAUUAUCAUUGUUCAGCUAAUGAGUAUUUGACAUCAGCAUUUUAAAGCUAAUUAGCCUAAUUUUAUUCAACCUUUUUGGUCUAGGCUGAAGAGCUCAUGAUUUCACUUUCCUUGCUAGAAGCAAUAAAAUUUCUUCGUAUUGCCUGACAA